AUGCAUGUGCAUGUUUUGAUGACAGAUGGUGUUUUCAUGAGAGAGCCAUGGUGUUUUGAUGAGAGAGUGAUGGUUUUUGAUGAAGUUGAGAAGAGAGCUACUCGACGAGAGGAAACGGCUGUUUUGACAAAUGCCGGUAUCCGCUGCCGGUGCCUUGCUGCUUAUGGAGAUGCUGUUAGUGCUGUGAAAUGGGCAAGUAGGCAUGGUAGAGAACAUCAUGAUGAUUUAGCCCAGUUUCCGCUAGGGAUGGGUUAUGCUACUGAGGCACUUCAUUUGCCUGGAAUCUCUAAGAGGUUGGAGUUUAAUUUGGCCAUGCAGAGCAGUGAUUUGAAAAGAGCUCUCCAGUGCCUUCUCACAAUGAGCAACAGUAGGGACUUGGGGCAAGAUAAUUCAGGAUUUGAUUUGAAGGACAUUCUUACUAUAACAACUAAGAAAGAGAAUAUAUUGGAAGCUGUCCAAGGAAUAGUGAAAUUUACAAAGGAGUUUUUGGAUCUUAUUGAUGCCGCAGAUGCUACUGGACAGGCUGAAAUUGCUCGGGAGGCUCUUAAGAGGUUGGUUGCUGCGGCUUCUGUGAAAGGAGCUUUACAGGGUCAUGAAUUAAGAGGACAAGCUCUUCGGUUAGCCAAUCAUGGAGAGUUGACACGGCUUAGUAAUUUGGUUAACAAUUUAAUAUCCAUUGGUGCUGGACGGGAAGCAGCAUUCGCAGCUGCAGUUUUGGGAGACAAUGCUCUCAUGGAGAAGGCUUGGCAGGAUACUGGAAUGCUUGCUGAGGCUGUGCUUCAUGCCCAUGCUCAUGGGAGACCAACAUUGAAGAACUUGGUUCAGGCAUGGAAUAAAAUGCUGCAAAAGGAGGUUGAGCACACCCCAUUAGAAAAAACGGAUGCUGCUGCAGCAUUUUUGGCUUCUCUGGAGGAACCCAAGCUUACAAGUUUAGCAGAUGCUGCCAAGAAACCACCAAUUGAAAUUCUUCCUCCAGGGAUGCCAUCUCUUACAGUUGCUAUGGCUGUUCAAAAGAAACCGCCUCCAGGGGCCCAGAAUUCACAACAGCAACCGGGCAAGCCACUGCUGUUAGAAGCAGCCCCUGCUACCACACCAGCCCCUUCAAGUGUGCCACAACAAUCUGAAUCAGGUGAACCAACUUCAGACAAUAAUCCCCCUGUUUCAUCAACAGACAGUAAUCCAGCUCCAGUUGCUUCUGGAGAGAGUGUCCCGGAAAAUUCUAAGAAUGAUGUGGCACCAUUAGACACGCCAUCAGAUGCGCCACCUCAAACCUCACAAUCUGAUGCCGCAUCCCAAGGCCCACAACCUGAUGCAACCCCAUCUGAAGCGCCACAACCUGAUGUCCCAUCCCAAGCGCCGCAACCUGAUACCCCAUCCCAGGCACCGCAACUAGAAGCCCCAUCCCAGGCGCCGCUACAAGAGGCCCCAUCCCCAGCGGCGCAGCCAGAGGCCUCAUCCCAGGCGCCGCAACCAGAGGCCUCAUCUCAAGUGCCACAACCACAGGUCCCAAUCCAGACACCACCAUUACAAACCCAACCCCAGGUGCCAGCGAUUCAGGAAACCAAACAAGCAAGAUUGCCAAUAAGUGAUGAUUGGCUUAAUUAAUAGAAACCUGUUGCAGCUCAGGUGACUGGCAGAUAUUUGUGAUUUUUUCCAGAAGCUCCAUGGCAUUUGUCGUAUAAAGGAACCACAGUGUUCUAACUAUUCAGUUUGGUGGCAAAGUGAGAUACCAUUUUGAAGUAGCAGUAG